UCAGACACACACACAGACAGACAAAGAGACACACACACGCACACACACACACACACACAGACAGACAGACACACACACACACACACACACACACACACAGACACAUACACACAGACACACACAGACACACACACACAGACACACACACACACACACACACACACACAAAGCAUGGCAAAGCAUGGGUAAGCAUUGUAAAGCACAUUUAAAAACAAUGAGAAAUGCAAAGUAUAACCAUGAGAAAUGCACAGAAGAAACUGCACAUUUACUGACUGUGCAAACUGAUGGCGUUAAACUUAUAUCAACAGGGAUAUAGCAGCAGUGUUGCUGUAUGGGAAAGUACAAGACCAGAGCCUGUUUCUGCAGAAUUCAUUUAACAAUGGCACAACACAUUUGAAUUGGAGAACAACCUGAGCCCAUGCUUACGGUACACAUAGUUCCACGUCUGCUGUAUGCUUCUAUAAUUACUAAAGUGGUUGCCCUCUCAUACCCAGCUGACCCCAGAGUGAAAGUCCACUGCUGUAGUCGAGCAGUUUCCACACAGCUUACAUCAUCCCCCUCAGCUCAAUCAGCUCUUUCAUUACUGAGUCUGUGCUGGCCGGCCCGUCCCUGACUCUGCCCUGACAAACAGGACAGCUGACUCUCCUGUGUGUGUGCCUGUGUGUGCCUGUGUGUGUGUGUCGGCUAGCACUGCCCCUGCGUGAGCUUGUUUACUGAGUGCUCAGAGCAGAACCACCAUCGGGACAGAAGACUCUGCCGAGAUGGAGGGUGAUCCUGAGAGCAGCGCUCCCGAGACGGAAAGCUCCAGAGAGGAGGAGCCCGCUGGACCUGCCCCCAUCCCUGACAGAAUGAAACAGAAGCAGCUUCUCGCCGUCGAGGAGCUGGUGUCCACCGAAAGGAACUACCUGAACAUGCUGCAGCUCUGCACUCUGGACAUCCAAAGCAGCCUGCAGCUCAAGCAGCUUCCCUCAGUGGACCUGGCAGGACUGUUUGCGAACAUCGCUGACGUGAUUGAUGUCUCCAUCCGAUUGCUGAGCCUCCUAGAGAGGACUGCCCACACAGACCCACAGUUCCUCGGCUGCAUUGGCGAAGCAUUUCUGGGCCUGAGAGAAGACUUGGAGAGUGUUUACAAGGAGUAUUGUGCCAGCUACACCAACACGCUUGCACUGGAGUCCAGCUACAAGCAGAGCGAGGGACUCUGGCAGGAGAUCAUACAAACGAUAAAGACUGUGGCACCCCACACCAAUGCCUCGAGCCUAUCCUUCUUCAUGGUGAUGCCAGUCCAGAGGAUUGCCCGCUACCCGCUGCUCCUGCAGAAUGUGCUGAAGAACACAGAGCCCUCUCACCCCGGCUACCAGCGCCUGCAAGAGGCUGCGACUGCCACUGUGGAGCUCAACGUCCGCAUCAACGAGUACAAGCGCCUUAAGGAAGUGGCCGACAAAUACAAGAAAAUGGAGAGCCUUACAAUCAUGGACAGACUGUGCCGGAUCAACAAGCACAGUAUCGCCAAGAAGACAGCCAGGCUGAGCCAGAUGAUGAAGCAUGAAGCUGGCAUCGUACCCAAGACAGAAGACAAAGAGUUCGACUCCCUGGAAGAAUAUAUGUGUGUCCUGGAAAAGGGGGUCGCAGACCUGCAGGAGAACGUGGCCGUCUAUCUGAAGCAUUUAGAGGAUUUCCUCAGAAGUAGACCACACGAGCGGGAUUUGGACAUUGAAAAUGAAGAGGCUGUCAGGUGCUAUAAGGAGAUUUCAGAAGCAAUGCACCAGUGGAUAUACCCCACGUUCAGGCGGAGGCUGGAGGCCCUGGUGUUCAGGCCACUCUGCACGCUCAGAGAGCUGAUGGCCGGCCCUCGUAACCUGAUCCGGAAACGCCUGCACAAGCUGCUGGACUUCGAGCAGAUCGAGGAGAAGCGUCGGUCGGGCUCCGUGAGCUACGAGGAGCAGGAGGUCGCAAACACUUACCAGGCCCUCAAUGCGCUGCUACUGUCCGAGCUCCCACGCCUCAACGCCACCGGCACCCAGCUCCUCCUGAACACCCUGGGGGCCUUCAGCUGCAUACAGAGGGACCUGGCUGCAGAGGUGGAGCGGCUCAGCCAGGGGUACCUGCAACAGCUCCCUCACAGCCACCUGCCCCCCAGUGCUUUCUGGCGCUGGGUGGGAGAUGCCAUCCAAGAAGGGACCCAGAAGGUGCAGAGUGCCAGCCAGAGCAUCGGAGAACAUCUCAACACCCCAAUAGCAAUGCCCCUGAGUCCCUCCAGCCAGCAGCGUCUGAGAGCGCUCUCCCUGAAGUACAGACCGGAGCGCAUCUACCAAGUGAGCAGCAACGUGGGGGGCAGCCGCGAGCUGGACCUGACCCUGCCGAGGGGGGAGCUGGUGGGGGUCCUGCAAGAGAUGGACACACGCGGAGACCAGCACCGGUGGCUGGUGGAGGCUGGAGGUCGAAGGGGGUACGUCCCAGCUGGAAAACUAAAACCCUACCACCAGGUGGCACUGGCCCCCUCCCUUUCCCCAUCUCCGUCCCGCUCCCGCUCUCCAUCCCUCUCCAUCUCUCCCUCCCAGUUCCCCUCUUCCCAGUAUUUAUCUCCUGUUGUGGGCGGUGCAGAGUGCAGGAGACACUCCUACACUGAGAUGACAGUGACAGACAGGACUACAGCCCCUCCCUGCUUCCAGGUGUUAGCGGGCUACGACUUCUCAGCGCGGGGCUCCCACGAGUUAAGCCUGCAGGCUGGUGAGCCGGUGAAAGUGCUGGAGCACCAUGACAAACGAGGGAGCCCCGAAUGGAGCCUGGUGGAGGCACGGGGCCAGAGGGGGUACGCCCCAUCUAACUACCUCAUGGUGGUGCCAAUGCUGGGGGGCCAUGCCAGCGCCCCCAGCUCCCCCAAUCUGCUGAAAAAAUGAAACUCCCCCAUGCACUAUGCUUUACUAAGGCAUUAGUCCUUGCAAAUGAAAUGCAGUGGCCGCUAGCCCUGGCAAUCCAGGGCUGUGGUCUGAAGAAGCUUGCUUUCAGAGGGCAUGCACAGUGUGGACGGCGUUUCUCUUGUACCACCAGAUUCCAAGAGGCAUUCCAAGUGGUUUAAUAAUUACACAGUGACCAGGCAUGAAGACCCUGGUGAUUAUAUAAUAGCUAGUGUUUUUAUUGUUAUUAAUAUGGCUGGUAGUGCAGCUGCAUGGGUGUUGGGCACAAGAUUCCUAACCCCAACGUCGCUGCACCCAGAUCCUCAGACUCAGUCCUCUGGUGAGUGUUGUGAACCCCAACGUCGCUGUACCCAGAUCCUCAGACUCAGUCCUCUGGAGAGCGCUGUGAACCCCAACGUCGCUGCACCCAGAUCCUCAGACUCAGUCCUCUGGUGAGUGCUGUGAACCCCAACGUCGCUGCACCCAGAUCCUCAGACUCAGUCCUCUGGUGAGUGCUGUGAACCCCAACAUCGCUGCACCCAGAUCCUCAGACUCAGUCCUCUGGUGAGUGCUGUGAACCCCAGCAUCGCUGCACCCAGAUCCUCAGACUCAGUCCUCUGGUGAGUGCUGUGAACCCCAGCAUCGCUGCACCCAGAUCCUCAGACUCAGUCCUCUGGUGAGUGCUGUGAACCCCAACGUCGCUGCACCCAGAUCCUCAGACUCAGUCCUCUGGUGAGUGCUGUGAACCCCAACAUCGCUGCACCCAGAUCCUCAGACUCAGUCCUCUGGUGAGUGCUGUGAACCCCAACAUCGCUGCACCCAGAUCCUCAGACUCAGUCCUCAGUGCUGUGAACCCCAGCAUCGCUGCACCCAGAUCCUCAGACUCAGUCCUCUGGUGAGUGCUGUGAACCCCAACAUCGCUGCACCCAGAUCCUCAGACUCAGUCCUCAGUGCUGUGAACCCCAGCAUCGCUGCACCCAGAUCCUCAGACUCAGUCCUCUGGUGAGUGCUGUGAACCCCAACAUCGCUGCACCCAGAUCCUCAGACUCAGUCCUCAGUGCUGUGAACCCCAACAUCGCUGCACCCAGAUCCUCAGACUCAGUCCUCAGUGCUGUGGGUUGAGCAGUGAGGCAUGCACAGGGAAAAGGAUUUCAGAGACUGUAGUGAAACUCUUUUUCAAUGCUUUUUAACCCAGUCCUAAGGGGCCUGGGUUUUGGCCUGUUGCCCGGCACCUUGUUUUUGUUUUGUUUUUAAAUAACUAAACUCUGUUUGCAUAUUAAACAUCACACAGUGUUUUUAGCAUGA